AUGAUCGACAUCAACAUAUUGCCAAUCAGCUUUAUCCUCCGAUGGAAGAAGUUGAUUACAUUAAAUGGUAUUGGGGGAUUACCAGACAUAGAUGCUAUGGACGAGGUCGAGGGGAUUGCAAAUAAGGGCUUAGCUACCGCCACAGGAGAUUCAGUACAUGUAUCGAUAUUGCAUCGGAUAGUGGCGAGAGGUCGUAGAGCUUUUCAACAAACUUAUGAGGAUCGGCAUGAAGGUCGUGAGCAGGUGGAUCUUGACGAUACUCUAUAUGUUAAGAAAGGGUUAAGUCUUCUUAAUCCCUCACUUAACCCUUUAUCAAACGAAUUUGCAUACAUGAGGAAUGUGACCACAAAGGUUGACGUCUUCAGCUUCGGUAUAGUUAUGAUGGAGCUUUUCACCAGAAUAAGGCUAACUGGGACUAUUGAACAUGAUGGAGAGCAUAUCUCAUUGCAAGAGUUUGUGGAGAAAUCCUUUCAAGGUGGAGUAGAUGUUGUGCUUAGCAUUGUGGACGAUGCAAUGGACAUUCCGACUGCAACACAGGGAGGCAAGGUUGCUAAAGUCCUAGAGUUAGCCUUAUCAUGUACCCGAUUCAAUGCAGAGGAGCGGCCAAUCAUGAAGGAAGUUUUAUCUAUCUUACUGAAGCUUAGUCAUGUAUAG